AUGUUCCGUAGGUUAUGCUCAAUGGUUACCAUUGGGCACAUACUGCCCAUUGGUCUGCGGCAGUGUCAUGUAAAUACUGUUGAGGGGGUUGGUACUUUAAAUGAUAAGUCACGGGUGAAGUUUGGAGUUUGUGAAGCUGAAAUUGUGAGUGAAACAAGAAUUUCUCAGGAGAAAGGUCCAGAUUCUAUAGGUGAAAUUAAAAGCCAGGAUGUAAAUUCAGUUUUGGAGAAUGAACACUUUUUUCUAGAGAUGAAUCGACUGCAGUAUUCUUUUUCGCAAGAAGGACCUUAUAUUGGCUCGCGGAAAAAAGACACAAUAGAAACUUCUGUGGAUAACCGUAGUCGUCGACGUAUUGUCCGAGUACCUCAACCAGAUUCCGAAUAUCGUCCAAACGAAACAUCUUUUCGAAGGUUACCCAAAAAUGCACGUAUCCCCAAUGAAUAUGAACUUCGUGCCUUAUAUCCACAGAGCACAGGUCUCGUCUUAAUUGAGGGAAAAGCUGAUUGUGUCGAUCAUAGUGCAUUUGAUCCAGAUGAAGAUCCGGCUCCAAUGGCCUACAGUAUGGUUACACCUUCAGAUUGGUCAAAAGAAAAAGAAUAUCCAUAUAUGGUUGUACUUCCUGAUCAUCGGGGAAUUCCAAGAGAUUUUGAAGAUGUAUGUGCGAAUUUUUUUGAACGCCCUAUGCAUCGUCAAUUGAUGCUUGAACAAAAUUGGGUAAUUAUUUCUCCAACUAUAAAUCUUCGUCAUAACUUCCAGGUUCCUGUUGAGGCUGUAGUGGCACGUUUUUGUGACUGGGUCACAGAGAAUUUCAAUGUUGAACAUCGAAGAGUCCAUUUGUUUGGAAAGGGGAAUGGGGCUUACGUGGCUCUUCGAACUGUUAUGGAACAAAAAGAGGUAGCGAUUAGUGUGACAGCUAUAUUAGGUCGAUCAGGAACACCGUUUCGUCCUUUGGAUCGUCCCCAAGAUAAGGUGAGAAAUUUCAAUGGGGUUCAUUCUUUGGUUUUCGUUCCAGGUCUUUUAAGAAAGCAAGAUUGGUACUACAAAUUUAAGUUUAUGAUGGAUAUGGCGCGCAUUCGACCAGCUCUGAGAAAUAUACACUUUGCAGAUGUUCGGGAUCACCAGGUUUAUUAUGCCAUUAAUCCCUAUGAAUUCUGGAAUCACAUGAAAUACUUUCGUCAACACAGCAUCAAAAUGGUGACUGAGGGUGGUUAUUGUGUCCACUGA